GAUUGUGCCAAAAGUAACAAAUGUCAACGACAAGUUCAGUAGAUUGCGAUAGAUUUGAAAUGACCCGACACGAAUAUGAAGAGAAGCUUUCUUCAGAGUUUCAAACACGACAAACUUUCCUCGUUGUGAUCGAGACACUAAUUUGUCUUGUUAUUACGGGAGUAUCAAUACUGGGAAAUGGUCUAGUUUUUGUUGCUGUAUAUAGAAAUCCGCGACUUCGAAAACCCUCUAACUUGUACAUAAUUUCACUGGCUGUUUCGGAUUUAAUAUUAUCUGCUGUUGCAAUGCCGUUUACCUGCGUCUCGGCAAUGGUUGGAAAUUGGAUGUUUGGAGCAGCACUGUGUUGGUUCCAAGCGUCUUUGGCUACCAUGCUCGGGACAACAUCUCUGAUGAACAUGGCUCUUAUUGCAGCCAACAGGUUUUUAAAAGUUGUCUAUCCAAACAUGCAUCGCAAACUGGUGUCGGUUAAAACAAUUUUGAUUUCCAUAGCAUUUGCUUGGUGUUUCACGAGUGCCAUUCCGGUAUCAUUUUACAUCACGAAUGUUCAUAAUGUGUUUCAUCCCGGCCAUAUUGUUUGUUUGUUUGACUUCAGCAGCGCAAGUUACACUCUUAUCGUUCUAAUUGGAGUUUUCGAGGCCUUUAUACCUUACCAAGUGAUCUUUAUCUGUUAUUUUAAGGUGUGGCGUUUUGUUAAAAGGCACACUUCUCAUAUGAGCUCUUCUAACGUAAAUGCCGAAGAUGUUCAUCUCAAUCGUUUGUUGUCGUGCAUUGUUGUCAGCUUCACAAUAUGUUACACUCCAUUUCUAGUGAUUAUUUUGAUCGAAAGUUUUCACGAACAUUUUUAUAUUCCUCGGCAAGUCUACUUCUUCGGCACAGUUAUGGUAGGACUGGGAAGCUGUGUAAACCCAGUUAUUUACGGUAUUUUGAACAAGGAUUUUAGGCAAGAAUUCAACUCCAUAUGUCGAAUACGAAGAAGGGUCGAACCACAGGAAUAAACAUAUGAGCCAAAUUUUGUUCGGAGUUGCAAUCAGUUUGCUAUAUACUUUAUCUCUGUCAAUAAUCCCCUUAUCUGAUAAAGCGAAUGCGUUUUUAUUUCAUCACCAAAUGAGAAUAAUAAAAUCUUCGUGGAAAGGAAGAACAAGAGUGAAAAUGAACGAGUCCAAAUUUAUGGGAGUUUGAUGACUGGACACAUAACAACUGUACUUGUGCCACUGAAUUCAGUAAGCUGUACAAAGGGUGUUUGGAAUCGAGUGCUGCACGAAAUCUAAUCAAGUUCAACUGUUUCACAAGUGUCGAUACUGUCUGAAGCUUAAUAGUU